AUGAUCACAUGCAGCCCCAAGAACCCGUACAGGAAACAUGGUGAUGGUCCAUGUGAUGUCUUUUACCAACCACGCAGUUUAGAAAAAUGGGGAGAUGUAGUAAUCAAAAUGGUAUGUACAUUUUCAAAACUAGGCUUCUACACAUCACCUUUUAUUUCCUUAAGAAAGUAUGAUUUUGAAUUCUAUAAAUGGCCUGUUUCGUAUUCUUUACCUUCCCAUAAAAGGAACAUUUGGCUAGACACUAAUCCAUUUAAACAAUGUGCUAAUAGUGAAUUAUCUACAAUUCGAAGGACUACACUUCAAUUGUUAGCAUAUGCUGCUGUCCAUACAUUUGGGAUGGUACUUAUUUACCCAGGCAUACUGCACCUUAUUCAAAACUCUCUCUGGAAUGUUCUUGUAAUGGGUAGAGCACAACUUGUAGAAAACUACAAUGGUAAGAGAGCUAAGUUGCAAACAGCUGAUGGCAAUGCCAUAGAUACAAUGUUUGUAGAUAACAGACAGUCAUCAAACAGAGGCAAUAUUUUAGUAAUUUGCUGUGAAGGCAAUUCGGGGUUCUAUGAAAUAGGAAUUAUGCCUACUCCAAUAAAAGCUGGUUUCUCAGCAUUGGGUUGGAAUCAUCCUGGUUUUGCUGGAAGUACUGGCAAACCAUUCCCAUCUCAAGAACAAAAUGCAAUUGAUGUUGUAAUGCAGUACGCCAUUAAUAAGCUAGGUUUUAGGGUUAAAGACAUAGUUUUGUUUGGCUGGAGCAUUGGAGGUUAUACAGCAACAUGGGCAGCAGUCAACUAUCCAGAAGUGAAGGCUUUGGUGCUAGACGCAACAUUUGAUGAUCUUUUACCAAUAGCUGCGAAUCAAAUGCCGUCAUCGUGGGCUUUGCUUGUCAAAGAAGUAAUACGUUCUUAUGCGGAUUUGAAUAUAGCGCAAAUGAUACGAAAAUAUCACGGACCAGUCCAGCUCAUAAGGCGGACUAAAGAUGAAGUGAUUUGUCUAAGGCCAGGAGUUUUGAAAACAAACCGUGGCAAUAGUCUGUUAAUAAAACUUAUUGAAGCUAGAUACCCUGAUUUAUCAAGUGAAGAGUUUGCUUUAUUGGAAACAUAUGUGUGCCUUAUUAGUACACAGCGAUCUGCUUUUUUAAAGCGGUCGGACAUCGGAGAAAGUGAUCGUAAAGUUUUGAGACUGAUUGAUAAACACAUGCAUGAUUUUGUAAGUAUGCAUUGCACACCUUUACCGGAGGACAAGUUUAUACGUGUUAUGGAUGCAAUUUUGGCAGAGGAGGAAAAA